AUGCAGCCUGCCAUGGUCAUUCCCAGUGUUGUGUGGAUGCUGCUCUCCUGCUUCAUUCUUCAAUAUCAAGUGAAAGGUGAUGACUUUCUGAAGGAACUGCUGUCUCCACGAAUCAGUUGCCCUAAGGGCUCUGUGGCCUAUGGAUCUUACUGCUAUGCUUUGUUUUUGUCAGCGAAAACAUGGAUGGCAGCAGAUUUGGCAUGCCAGAAGCGGUCAGAAGGACGUCUUGUGUCAGUGCUCACUGGGUCUGAGGCUUACUUUGUGUCUUCCAUGAUCCGGAACACAGGGACUAAAAGUGAGAACAUCUGGAUUGGACUCCAUGACCCCACAGAGGGCCUUCAACCCAAUGGAGGUGGAUGGGAGUGGAGUAGCAAAGAUGUACUGAAUUACCUUGCCUGGGAAAAAGAUAUCCCAACUCAUCCUGACUCUGGCCACUGUGCAAGCGUCUCAGAAACUUCAAAUUAUGAAAAAUGGAGAGAUUUUGACUGUAGAAAGGAGUUACCCUAUAUCUGCAAGUUCAAAGAAUAA